CUCCUCUCAACCCCUGUAUAUAAGCAGAAGCAGAGGAGUUGCAAUCGGAGCAGCAGCAGACGGUGUGAGACUCAGACGCUGAGGACCAACUCCGACCAGCAGCAGCUUCUCUUCUGUCUAACCCUGAGGCCUGUGAGGGAAACCUGAACCUGUCACCACCAUGUCUGACCAAGCCACUACCGCCACUCCCACCUCUCCCCCUCCUGCCCCCUCUGGCCCCCGCCCCAAGGUGUCCAACCGCGGCCGCAACGCAGUCCCCAUCUCCAGCUCCAACUCCGACACAGCAGACAUACCUGAGUAUGACUACUUUGUUGCACCGGGACCCAGAGGAUAUCCACCUCUGACUGAGUAUCUGGACAUCUGGGAGGUGGACAUGCUGAAGAGGCCAGAUGAGACCAACAAGAUGGAGCACCACACAAGCCUGUACGGCUCUGACUUCCUCAUCGUCCGCAGAGGACAGGAGUUCCAGAUCAAGAUCACCUUCAACCGGCCCUACAAACCCAAUGAGGACAAGUUCGCUGUGGAGUUUGUCAUUGGGUCCAGCCCUGAGUACAGCAAGGGCACCUACAUACCCGUCUUUCCCACCAAGGAGCGUCAAAGCUCAUGGGCGGGCCGUGUCGUGGACAGCUCCAACAACGUGGUCACCAUGGGCAUCACCCCGGCUCCGGACUGCCACGUGGGGAAGUACCGCCUGUACGUCGCCGUGGUGACACCCUACGGCAUCCGCAGAACCAGGCGGGAGAAGAGCAGAGAUGUUUACAUCCUCUUCAAUCCCUGGGUGGCAGCUGACGCAGUGUUUCUGGAUGACGAGGAAGAGAGGGACGAGUGUGUGAUGAACGAGAUGGGAAUCAUUUACCACGGAGCCUACGAUGACGUGUCUGAGAGAACCUGGAACUAUGGACAGUUUGACUAUGGAGUCCUGGAUGCCUGUCUGUAUAUCAUGGACAGAGCGGAGAUGCCCAUCACCAACAGAGGAGACCCAAUCAAAGUGGCCAGGAAGGCGUCUGCCAUGCUGAACUCCCGUGAUGAUGAAGGUGUGCUGGUGGGUAACUGGAGUGGAGACUAUACCUAUGGAGUGGCUCCCACUUCCUGGACCGGCAGCACUGAGAUCCUCCUCAACUAUUCCUCCAGCAAGAUGCCCGUCUGCUUCGCCCAGUGCUGGGUCUACGCUGCCGUCUUCAACAGCUUCCUGCGCUGUCUGGGCAUCCCCGCCCGGGUGGUCACCAACUUCUACUCUGCCCAUGACAACAAUGGCAACCUGAAGACUGACAUCAUCCUGGAUGAGAACGGCAGGAUCGACAAAAAAAGCACCUUGGACUCCAUUUGGAACUACCACUGCUGGAAUGAGUGCCACAUGUCCAGACCAGACCUGCCACCAGGGUUUGGAGGCUGGCAGGCGGUGGACGCUACGCCGCAGGAGACCAGCGAUGGGAUGUACAGGUGUGGUCCUGCAUCGAUCCAGGCCAUCAAACACGGUCAGAUAUGCUUCCCAUUCGAUGCCGCCUUUGUGUUUGCUGAGGUGAACAGUGAUGUGGUGUUUUAUUCCCGGAGGAGAGACGGCACCCUGGAACCAGUCAAAGUGAACCGUGCCCACGUCGGCCGCAUGAUUCUGACCAAAGCCCCCGGCCUGGAGACGAGCCGCGACAUCACCGAGCAGUACAAGUUUCCUGAAGGCAGCACCGAGGAGCGCACCGUCAUGGAGAAGGCGGAGGAGUACGGCUGUCAGAGAGAGAAGUCCGAGUUCCCUGAGGCCGACGUGGACCUGGUCCUGCCCUCGCUGGAGAUCAGCGUGGGCGAUGACUUCGAGCUCAGCCUGGAGUUCAUCAACCGCAGCGACCAGAUCCGCAAUGUGGAUGCCUACAUCAGCGGGAGCGUGGUGUAUUACACUGGAGUGAGCAGCGCGGAUUUCCUGUUCAAGACCCCCAGAGUGAAGAUUGAACCCAACAGCACCAUGAAGGAGGUGAUGCAGGUCCGCUCUGAGAGCUACAUGAAGCAGCUGGUGGAACAGGCCAACCUCCACUUCAUAGUCACAGGGAAGGUCAAGGAGACCGGCCAGAUCGUCACCGCCAUGAAAGUCGUCACCAUGCACAACCCCAAACUCUCUGUCAAGGUGUCCGGCAUGGCCAAAUUGAGUGAAGAGAUGACGGUGACGGUGGAGUUUACCAACCCCUUCAGCUUCAACCUGGAAGAUGUGUAUGUUCGCAUGGAGGGACCUGGGAUCCUGCCACCCAAGAACAAAUACUACAGUCUGAUCACGGCAGGCUCGUCUUUGACCUGGUCGGAGUAUUUUACCCCGCGGAGGGCCGGUCCCACCAGGGUGAUAGCCAGCCUGGACUGCCCUGCCCUCAGACAGGUGUACGGCCAGGAGUCCAUCACCAUCAAGCCCUGAGGGUCACCGGACACCGAAACACCGAAACUCAACUUAAUUCAGCUCAGUUAAGGUCCAGGCCAAUUGUAGUGCCUUUAGCCAUGUGACUUUUAGUUUUACUGCUUUUUCUUUUCUUUUUUCUUUUUCUGACAGCUACAGUUUAGCCUCAACAAUGAUGGUAGAGAGUAGCUAUUUAAUCUGCUCUAGUUACUCCGCCUGAGUGGAUUUAAAAAAAAAAAAAAUGCCAUGUUUCUGAGGAACAAUAUGAAAAUCUACGCUUUCACUUCUGCAUAUUUUUGGAAUGUUUCUAGUAGUUUAUUCCUAGAUUUAUU